AUGAAGAGGUUUUCAGUUGAAGUUGAGGAAGGAAGAGAAGGUAGAAAUGGAAAGCUUUCGGUUGGUCCGGUUUACCGGAACCUUCUCUCGAAAGACGAUUUCCCUCCUAUGGAUCCUGAUUUCAACUCUGCUUGGGAUAUUUUCAGUACGUCUGUCAAGAAACAUCCUCAAAAUAGGAUGCUGGGAUGGCGGAAACUCGUUGAUGGAAAGUUUGGACCUUAUGUGUGGAAGACAUACAAAGAAGCUUAUGAUGAGGUUUUGCAAAUUGCUUCUGCUUUAAGAGCUUCGGGUGCUAAACCUGGUUCUAAAGUUGGAAUUUAUGGAUAUAACUGUCCACAAUGGAUUAUAGCAAUGGAGGCUUGUUGUGCACAAAACUUAAUUUGUGUCCCUCUCUAUGACACUCUUGGGGCUGGAGCUGUAAAUUUUAUCAUAGAUCAUGCUGAAAUAGAUUUUGUUUUUAUUCAAGAUAAGAAGGUUAAAGAGAUAUUGGAUCCAAAAUGUAUAUCAUCUAAGAGAUUGAAAGCCAUAGUUGGCUUUACUUCAUUAACUGAGGCAGAGAAAGAUGAGGCCACCAACAAUGGAAUUAAACCAUAUUCAUGGGAUCAAUUCCUAGGCAUGGGAAAAGAAAACCCUUCAAGUAUUUCUCCUCCUCUAUCUCAAGAUAUAUGCACAAUAAUGUAUACAAGUGGAACAAGUGGAGAUCCUAAAGGUGUUGUUUUAACACAUGAAAAUGUACUUGCUUUAGUUAGAGGAAUGGAUCUUUUUAUGGAACAAUUUGAGGACAAGAUGAAUGAUAGUGAUGUUUAUUUAUCAUUCCUUCCUUUAGCUCAUAUUCUUGAUCGCACAAUUGAAGAAUAUUUUUUCCGUAAUGGUGCAUCUGUUGGAUACUAUCACGGGGAUUUGAAUGCAUUGCUGGAAGAUUUAGGUGAAUUAAAGCCAACGUUGUUUGCUGGUGUUCCACGGGUUUUUGAAAAAGUAUAUGAAGGUGUUAAAAGAGCAGUGGCGCAAUUGAAUCCAAUAAGGAGAACAGCUUUUGGCUUGCUCUAUAACCAUAAACUUGGUUGGAUGAACAAAGGAUACAAACAGAAAGAUGCAUCACCUUUUGCAGAUCUAUUAGCCUUCAGAAAGGUGAAAGCAAGACUAGGCGGACGUGUUAGGCUAAUCAUAUCCGGAGGCGCGGCUUUAAGCUCCGAGAUCGAAGAAUUCUUGCGCGUCACUACUUGCGCCUUUGUAUGCCAAGGCUAUGGUUUGACAGAAACAUGCGGACCUACUACUCUUACAUAUCCCGACGAAAUGUGCAUGCUUGGCAACGUCGGUGUUGUAACUGUAUACAACGAGUUGCAGCUAGAGGAGGUUCCUGACAUGGGUUACAAUCCUCUUGGAAAUCCUCCAUGCGGGGAGAUAUGCAUCCGAGGAAAAACUGUUUUCACUGGUUACCAUAAGAAUCCCGAGUUAACAAAAGAAGCCAUAAAAGAUGGAUGGUUUCACACCGGAGAUAUCGGAGAAAUUCUUCCUACUGGUGUUGUUAAGAUUAUUGACAGGAAGAAGAAUCUUAUUAAGCUUUCUCAAGGAGAGUAUAUUGCACUUGAGUAUCUUGAAAAUGUUUACACCAUUACUCCAAUUGUUGAAGAUAUUUGGGUGUAUGGGAAUAGCUUCAAGUCAAUACUGGUUGCAGUGGUUGUUCCAAAUGAAGAAUUUGCUAAUAAGUGGGCUUAUGCAAAUGGUCACAUUGCUUCUUUCUCCAAUCUUUGUGCUCUUGACCAGUUGAAGAAAUAUGUUCUAUCUGAGCUCAAGUCUACUGCUGUGAGAAACAAGUUGAAGGGAUUUGAACAUAUCAAAGGGGUUAUACUAGACCCACUUCCAUUUGACAUGGAAAGAGAGUUGGUGACUGCAACAUUAAAAAAGAAAAGGAACAAUAUGCUCAAGUAUUACAAGGUGGAGAUAGACGAGCUAUUCCAAAGUUUGACAGGAGAUAAGCUUAAAUUUUGA